AUGGCUUCCUUUUCUGAAUCCGAGCCCGUCUUUGCAUCACGAUGCCUGAAGGUUGGAUUGGCGGAGGCCGAUAUCGCCAAGCUCAAGGCUCAAGGGAUCACGACCCUUGCUAAGGUGGCUUUCUGCUGCUCUUACACCCCGGGCUCGGGGGACGAUGCGGAGUUGAUUCGUGCACUGAAGGAUGCUCUGGGGGCCGAUCCGGAUCUGGGGCAGAAGCCUUCUCAGAUGAAGGCGAUGGUCGAGCAGACCGACGAGUCGGCUCCUCGGCGGCUCAGUGUGCCCGAAAGGGCAGAGCGGCACAAUAAGAUCGCGAAGCGGCUGCCAGGGUUGGACAUUCGUAAUCGGUUGGAGCCGUCCGACAGCUUGGUGGAUGCCUUUGUGGCACUUUACGAACAGAAUCGUCUGCAUUUCAUUGAGUGGGAUCGUCUCACGUCGAAAGAGCAGGAGGUCACCAGCAGCUCUAAAAAGGAGACGGUCUUGUCAGUGGACGCUUCAGGCCGGCUGAAGACGGAAAAGGGCGAAUCCGCGAAGGCGGAGACGACCACCGAGUUGUUGCUCCAGUUCGCCCUUACUCGGAGAGGAAUCGCAAUGGAAAUGGGAAACUUGCUUGACUACAGUCUUCAUGCAAAGUGGGUGGAGCGUUUGUUGUGUGCUCGCCUUGACCAGGUGCCUCAGACACAUGUCCAGACUACUUUUAAUCAGCUACAGCUUGCAGACAGGAAGUUGUUUCAGCUCUUAGCUGAAAGAACGCGCUCCGGCAUUCAGGCCACUCCCAGUGGCCGUCCACUGGACAUCGUUUUCGAAGACACAUGGAUGGCCCCAGAAGUGCUGCAUAUCUUGCAGCCGAUGCCCAGGCCUUCUGGGCAUGCGCCACAGAUCAAGGACACCAGGCCAGGUCCUUACACACCCACUGGUGUGAAUACCGAUCACUGGGUGCCCACGCGCAAGGGCAAGGGAAAAGGAAAGAGCAAGUUUCGAGCUUCGUCGAGACUCCCCGCUGGCUUGGAAGGUUGUCGCUCGCAUACCAAUGCCGGCGAAAGCAUCUGUUAUGGCUUCAACCUGAAAACGUGCCAAGAGGUCGUGACCAGGGGGAGGUGCAGCAAAGGCUUGCACAUAUGCGCCUGGCCCAAGUGUGGCAAGAGCCAUGCAGCGGUUGAUUGCCCCGAGAGGGCAAAAGCUGCAAAGCAGUCGUGA